ACACGUGACAGGACACAGAAGGCUCUAGGCGGGAAAUCUCGGCAAUCUUUCAGUUUACCACCGGUUGAACACGUCCUGCCAAGAUAUAUAGGAGCCGGUACUUCUACCGUUUCCACUAUGACACGCCAAGCGCGGUGGAUAUCUUGGGCGGAGGUGAGACGUGGAGUGCAGAAGUGGGUCGGCAUGUGGGUGAGAGAACGGAGAAAAGGAUAUGCCCAAACUGAACAGAUAAGACAACAAAUUCCAUAG